UUAUCUGCCUCAUUCUGAGGAACUUGGCAAGAGCGGCGUGCUUGCAAGAGAGGAAUCCAAGCAUGGACAAGAAAUUGGAUCUGUCCAGACUUUCAGAAGAGGAGGCUAAACAUGUGUGGGAGGUCAUUCAGAGAGACUUUGUCCUUAGAAAAAAGGAGGAGGAGAGGCUUGGGGAGCUUAAAUCCAAGAUCGAGAAAGAGGAAACAAAGAGGGAACUUCUGUCAUCUCAAUCAAACCUGGCGGACACUCAUUGCAUUCACUGUCUGCAACCCUUUAAGUUCCUGGUGAACAGCAAACGCCAGUGUUUGGACUGCAAACUCUAUACCUGCAAGCCCUGCAGCCGCUAUAACAAGAAAGAGCGUGGCUGGGUGUGCGACCCCUGUCGCAUGACCAGGGUCCUGACAAUUGGAACCUUGGGGUGGUACCAUGACAAUGUGCACUCUCGCUUUAAGCGUUUCGGCAGUGCUAAAGUGAUGAGGUCAUUGUACAAGAGAUUAAAUGAAGAGGGGCACCGUGAUGAUGACACACAGAGCAUGCCUGAUGUCCGCCGUGAGUACACAAACACAUUUCUGCUGGAAAAAAUAGCUGGUGUUAUCCGAAAGACCAAGCGUCUACUGUCUGUUCACCCUAUGGAUCUUGACAUGGAUGAUUAUGGCCCUCACUCAUGCAGACAGUCUGUCCAGUACAUCCAAGAGAGAGGUCAGCAGAAUGAUCUAGAACACACUGCUGAUACGCACCAUCAACAUCGCAUGAACCGCAGAAAAAGUCUUGACAGGUUUUCGCACCCAGAUGAUGGCCCGUACACUGAACAAAGAAUUGUACGUGCUCGCUCUCUUUCUAAAAUCAAUUCCUCCGUGGCUCCGCGCAAGAUCUACGUGGACACUUCAGACGAGGAGGAUAUGUUCCAUUACCCUAUCUACCAGCUGCCACCACGACGCCGCAGCAGGGCAUCAUCUCAAGAAAACAUUCAACAGGGAGCCCCACCGAUCAAUGAACUGAGCAAAAGAAUGUCUGCCAUUGAGAGUCUCCUGAAUCGACUGGAAGAGAAAAUGACUGUGCCUGCUGAACAGCCUGUCCAGCCCUCAGCAGGGCAGCUGGAGGAGGAGAAGCUCAGGAAAAAAUUAGAUGAGCUGAUGAGUGACAGGGCCCUUUCCUCUGAUGAGGAUGAGCCGAAGAAGAUUCCUCAGUCCAGAGGGACCACUGUAAGAGGGAGACCACAGGGAGACCAGGCACCUAUUGCCCCUCAAGAACCCUUGAGCUCCUCCAGCGAUGAGAUGCUCACCGAAGAACAAAAGGUAUAUUUGACUGCAGGGAAGUCUUUCGAUAUGGCAAAGAAGUUGAGAAUGAUUGAGCAGAAUAAUAAGAAUCACUACUUUGGCCUGCUAACUGAUUCAGAACUUUCUGAGCUAGAGGACCAUGUUGCUUUGGCAGCUGCCAAAGUUCAAAGCACAGAGAGUGAGGUCUCGGACAUUGAGAACAAGAUAGCUGCUCUGAGUGCUAAAGGACUAUCAAUUGAUAAAGCUAAGAGAAAGACACUGAGUCUACAACAUAAAAGGAAGUUUUCCCAAGACAUUCCUUCAAACAGAGUGCAUUUUUAAUCUGAAACAGGACAUUACUUUAACUAUAUGUUGAUCUGCAUGAAACUGCUUUUUAUCCAUCUUUAUCCAUUUGCUUUAUAUCCAUCCAUGCACCCAGUUUAUAACAUACACUCUCCGGUCACUAUCUAAAAGUUGUCAAUGAGAAAAUUUGAAACCAAAAACACACAUACUGACCCUGACGCAGUGGUUCAUAAACACAUCACUUUAUAUUUCUCCCCUAUCUGACAUGCGCAGUUCAGUCCUGACGAUCUGAUUAGCAGCUGAUGAUCAAGUUUGUUAACCAAGUGCACCCCUGGUCAAAAAAUCCUAUUGGAAUUUUAGUUUAUCCUAUAGGAUCCUAUUGGACUUGUAGAAUGCUAUAUUGGACAUUAUUAUAAAUUCUAUUGGAAUUUCAAUUUCAAGACUUUUACAUGGCUUUUAUUUCCCAUAAUGCCAUAAAAUUCAACAAGAACCUUUUACUUAAAAAUAAUAAAAAAUAUUUCUUCAUUCUA